GUCUGUCGUGGGUGAUCGUCGGCGCGCUGGCUUGCGCGUGUGAUGCGAUUCAGUUUCUCCGGCGCACCGUUACGGGGUGAAGAGGUGAUAGCGUGAGCGCCCGUCCGGUCGCCAGCGUUCCGCCAAAGGUGCCGCCGCCGCGAGUGUGAUACACGGUAAGAAAUUCUACAAAACUCACCGUGCAGCCCAACCCGCGAGUAAUGAUCAAGUGAGCGAGCAGCGAGCCGGGGAUCGCCGACAACACCCGCGGUCGCGCGGCGACGCAUCGCGGAUCAUGGGUCUGUGAGGGCGGUAUCCUGAAGGAACGGGGACCCCCGAGAAGGGGAGGAUCGCCGUGCACAGGGACGAGGACGACGGGCACAGGAAGCGCGGGUUAGCUAGGAGCAACGGCGGGGAAGAAGGGCGGCAAGUAACGCCGGGGACAGAGAAGGCGAGCCCGUGGACUCGCCGACGCUCUCUCGCGUGCACACCCGCACGCACGCCCGACCGACCGGCUGUCACGACCGCCAUGUUACCCCGGAGCAGCGGCGGUGAUACGUCGAGUGCGCGGUCACUGGCACCGUUGCUCUUCUGCCUCCUCGUGCUCGGCGCGGCCGGCCUGGACGAAUCCGUAAGUGUAGAGAAACCGGAAGUACUGGAACCGAAGAUCGAGCGGACGGCAUCAUUAGAGAUCCGUUCGUCGCAGGAUAUGGAGGGUAUAGAAGCGGGCAGCACACCGUCGCUGGUGUGCAAGCUGAACGUGCCGGGUCAGGUUUGGUGGAGCACCGGCGACAGAAAUCUCACCACCGUCAAGGAUUUCGAGUAUAUCGGACGGCUCGACAUCAAGAAGGCCAGCAGGAACGACACGGGCGAGUACAAGUGCUCCGCGCUGACCGCCGACGGCGAGUCGCUCGAGAAGACCAUCCAUAUCAGAGUGAUAGAACCCGGCAAGAUAACAUCCGGCGGGGACACGAGAGCGAAAGUGACGGAAGCGGCCAACUUGACGUGCCACAUACACGGUUAUCCAUUAUCUCAAUUUACUUGGUUAAAAGGGAAUGAUUCAGAGAGCAGCGAGCACUUGAAGAAUCUCACCGUGGUCACGCCGAUAAAUGAGACCUAUGCCGUCUUGACCCUGGAAUUCAAGAGUCUGGCGCGCAAGGACAACGGCACGUACGUCUGCCAGGCGAACGACUACAGCGGGAUGGUGAGCGCCGCGGCGCAUCUAUUCGUCAUCGAUCAGCCGCAGGUCAGCAUAGACUUCAUGAAGGCGGUCGGCGCCGGGAGUAUAUUUUUAAAUUGGACCGUCAACGACGGCAACGAGCCCAUCCAGAAGUAUUUCAUCCAGCACAUGAAGAAGGGCACGGAUCAGCGUCAGUACUACGCCGAGCACAUCGGCGGCGGUAACUCGAGUUACGUUCUCAAGGGAUUCGAGAGUAACACCGCGUAUCAGAUCGGCAUCAGCGCCAUGAAUAAGGUGGGCACGUCGUUUCUGCAAUUGGACCCGCGGUGGAUCACCACGCUUGAGAAAGACCCGGUGUUUGUGCCGAAAGUGUCCGUGAACGGUGUGACGGAGAAUUCGAUCACGAUAGGCUGGACCGUGCCGCCGCCAGAUUUGAAGGAACACGUGCACUACUACAAUUUGAUGGCCACUCACGCCGAUCAGAAUAGAGAAGCGGUGUAUCCCGCCCAACCCGUCACCGUGUACGCGUUUAUGGAUCUCGACCCGGCGACCACUUACAAAUUUAAAAUAGCCGCCUGCAGCGAAUACACGAAGCAAUGUGGCAAUUGGAGCAUCGAGGUAAACGGCACCACACUGGACGGAGUCGCCAGUCCUCCGAAGAAUCUCGUCGUUACGUGCGGCUACGAUAACAUAAGCAGCUCCAGUUUCAUGUCUAUCACGUGGAAACCGCCAGAGAAACCUAACGGCAUUAUACAGCGUUACACAUUGCAAUUGAAUGGCGUGGCAAAAUUCAAGAAUGAUAUGGGACUUUUGGAUAUCGAUAGCUUUGAACAACCCACCAAGAGCGUCUCCAAGAGGAACAGCACGCGAUACAAUCAAAUACCUUCCAAUACAAAUUAUACGAUUCGGGUGCACGGAGUGACCAGAUCUCGCACGCCCGGCAAGGACGCCGUGGGCAACUGUACGACACCAGUUACGAUUCCGGAUCGCGAAAGCAUGAACAUGCGCAACUGGCGCAAGAUCGAGAGCGAGGGCAGGCAGCUAUUCAAGCUCUAUCUACCGCGCAUCUCCGAGCGGAACGGUCCUAUUUGCUGCUACCGCGUCUAUCUGGUGAAGCUGUCGCCGCAUAAGACGGUCAGCGAUCUGCCGCCUCCCGAGGAGAUGGCGGUGUACUCUUAUCGGUACGCGCACAGCUCGCCGACCGGCGGCGCCUACGUCGCCGAAACGUUCGACAGCGAUCAACUGUUGACCGAGGUCUUCCUCGGCGAUGGCGAGUCGUCGAACGGUGGCGCGAUGUGCGACAAGUGCGUCGGUUUGCGACCCAGACCGGUGCCACCGCCAGUGCUAGAAUUUGUCCCGGAGAACCCGUCGACCACCGUUUCGACUUCGACCCACGCGAACAACAUCAACGCCACAGUGACGACCACGCCGAUACCGGCGACGUCUGUGACCGGCGGCAACACGGCCACCACAUUCACUACGUCAAUGACGAUUCCUAUGACUGCGAAAGCAGACACGACCACUGCUGUGCCGAUGAUCAGUAAUGCGACGGAAAAAGUAGCGAGACGGAAGAGGGAGGAUUCACCCGUGCAAAAAGCGUCUGUGGACGAAUCCGGAGAAUCCAUCGUACCGUCUCAGGAUGGCUUCCUCGACGAAACGUCGAACUACACCGGUUUCAUUGAAAUCAUCGUUUUCGGCAAUCAGAAGGAUCAGUUUCUGCCGGCAUACAGCAGUUAUUUCAAUCCUCUGUACGGCGGAGUGGAUCCUCUCAGCGUGAUAGCCGCGGAGGCGACUACUGUCAGAGAAGUGAUAAUACAGCUCUUCAUCGCUCUGAUUUUAACUCUCAUGAUCCUGUUCAUCGCGCUCUGCGUGCUAUACAGAUUUACGAAACGCGCGCAAGAAAGGGAGGAAGUUAUAACGCUACGCAACAGUUUCAGACAUCUUUGUAGGAGUCUGAGAGGCAGGCACCAGCUCGUGGCAGCGAGUCCGCCGGAUAUGCCGCCCGUACCUAAGAACGAACUGCUGCAGGCGUACUUGGAACGGCAUCGGGACUCGGACUACGGUUUCCAACACGAAUUCGAACUGUUACCCGACCGAUUCACGGACAGGACGACGCGCGCGUCCGAGGCGCAGGAGAAUCUCUACAAGAAUCGCUAUCCGGACAUUAAGUGUUACGAUCAGACGAGGGUGCGCCUGGCGCAGAUAGACGGUAUCUGCGGCUCCGAUUACAUCAACGCCAACUUCGUGCUCGGCUACAAGGAACGCAAGAAGUUUAUCUGCGCCCAGGGCCCAAUGGAGAAUACUGUGUGCGAUUACUGGCGCAUGAUCUGGGAGCAGCAUCUCGAACUCAUACUCAUGCUGACGAACCUCGAGGAAUAUUCCAAGACCAAGUGCGCCAAGUACUGGCCGGACAAGCGCGAGACCAAGAACUUCGGCGACAUCACGGUGGAGCAUGUGAAGGAGCGCGCGUACUCGGAUUACGUGGUUCGCGAGCUGAAGAUGACGCGGUUAGGCGAGCGUGACGCCCGCGCGAUCGUACAGUAUCACUUUCUCGUGUGGAAGGACUUCGUCGCGCCCGAGCAUCCGCACGCGAUACUACGCUUCAUCAAGCGUGUCAACGAGGCGUACUCGCUCGAGAAGGGACCGAUCCUGGUGCACUGCAGCGCCGGCGUAGGCCGCACCGGCACGCUCGUGGCGCUGGAUUCCCUGCUGCAGCAGCUGGCCGAGGAGGGCCAGGUGUCGAUUUUCAACACCGUGUGCGACUUGCGGCAUCAGCGCAACUUCCUCGUCCAGUCUCUCAAGCAGUACAUCUUCAUCUAUCGCUCGCUUAUGGAGAUGGCGCAGUAUGGCGAUACGGAGAUCCCAGCAUCGCAGCUCAAGACGACGGUUGCUAAGCUCAGGCAGCGGGACAACGGCAAGGAGAAGUGCAGAAUGGAGGAGGAAUAUGAUAAAAUUAGUUCCGUGUUGGAAGAUCGGAAGUCCUUCUCUGUCGGCGGCGGAGAGGAGAAUAGAACGAAGAACAGAAGCGAAUUGGUAAUACCAUACGACAGAAAUCGCGUAAUACUCACCCCGAUUCCGGGCAAAGAACACUCGACGUACAUUAACGCGUCGUUUAUCGAAGGCUAUGAUAAUUCCGAGUCGUUUGUCAUUACGCAAGAUCCGUUAGAAACCACAAUAACAGAUUUCUGGCGAAUGAUCUCGGAACAAUGCAUCUCCACAAUAGUUAUGUUAUCUGACUUAAACGAAGGGCCACGUAAAUGUCCACGCUACUGGCCCGACGAUGAGACCGAUUACGAUCAUAUAAGAGUCCGUUACAUCCAUAGUGAGAGCUGUCCGUACUAUACACGUCGCGAGUUUUGCAUUUUGAACACGAAGACUGACGAGAGCAGCGUCGUGAAGCAGUAUCAGUAUCACGGCUGGCCGACGGUGGAGGGCGAAGUACCUGAAGUGACACGCGGUCUCAUCGAGCUGGUGGAUCAGACGCUGACGAAUGACAUCGAGAGCAUUGGUUCGCUGGUCGUGCACUGCAACUAUGGAUCGGAUCGAAGUUCCAUGUUUGUGGCGCUCAGCAUAUUGGUUCAGCAAUUGCGCACCGAGAAACGCGUGGAUAUCUUCACAACAACGAAGAAACUGCGCUCGCAGCGGCACGGCAUGAUCAGCACCUUCGCGCAAUACGAGUUUCUUCAUCGCGCAAUCGUGAAUUAUUCGGAUCUUCACAACUUGGCCGACGAUGAACCGGUAUCAUAAUACCUGAGAAAUAGCAAACAAGACUAGAUUUGUUCUAAAUACUCUGUUUGGGCGAACAUGCGUGAGGACGUUCCGUGACGAGUGUCCGAGGAUCCACAAACAUUCGAACAAACGCGUAUCGCCCCAACCAAAGAUGAACAAGCAUCGACGAAGGAUCAUUGACGCCAUCAUCAUCACCAUCGCCAUCAAGCAGACGCAUUCUGCACAAUGCGAGCUUGUCGCGUCGCAUCCAGAAACUACUUGUACAUAAUAUACCUACAGAUUUUACAUGUCCUGACCAUAAGUUAACUGUGAAAGAGAAGCACUGACUGGAGAUUAACUGGAAAUUCAGCAAAGGUGAUCCUAACACGCGGAUUUCCAAUGUGACAGACGCAAAGUGCAGUGCGUGACGGCGUCACGAAACUGUUAGAAGCUUAUUUUUAUCGAUAGUCUAAUGAUCGAACCGGAGGGUAACGUAUCUAUAGUGUGUUGAAGACAUUUUGUGAUCGAGAUACGACGUUGAGAAUUUUCGUCAGCGAACCCUCGACAGCAAAAGGACUAGCGCAACAGGAAAGGACGGGUGUACUUUACGACGAGUGUAUAGGUAUGAUAUAUAUGCAUUCUUUAAGUACAUGAGCUCGAGCUCCGAACUGCAUCCUUCUCGCAGUUGAAACAAAGCGACGAAGGAGCUCAACAUCGCAAUUAUUCGCACAAUCCGAAAACUGAUCACGAAAAUUUCCAGUGAAAUACAUCCCGACAGCCGAUACAGAACAUUUUCUUUCGAAGUGAGCGAGGCGGAGUUAAGCUAAUCCAAUUAUCUUUGUUCACGCGGAGAAAAACUUUGGAAAAAAAAUGUUUCUGCAACGGGGAUGCGGGAUGUCGCUAUUUUAUGAUCUGUCGUAAUGAGUAAUAUUAGUGACUACACGCGCGUUGCGCGUAUAUUUAUACGUUCUUCGAUGAUAUAUGCGUUAUUAUUACGAUGUAUUGCGCGUAUCACGCGCACGCUGAUUUCUCUUCUAAAAGGAAAGACUGAUAGUCUUAUUCGGUUCGAAAUACGCGACUAGAGCACAUACCUCGUUUGCACAACAUUGAGAUUUCGCUGUCAAUCGUAAUAUUGUGACUACAGACGGACGGGAGAGUAGGAUGGUUAUCCUUUUUUUUGCUUUUCGUAUAUGAAGAAAAUUUAUAGAUAUACGCGUUGCACUUUUCUAGCGCGCGAAAACAACACGAGGACUAUGCUCGCGACUUAAGUCGAAUACUGAAUGGGCCGGGCAGGAAGACGUGAAGUAUAAUUUGCAACGUACGCUGAAAGAUGUAUUUCGAAAGCGAGAUAGAAAAAUAUGAUGCACAAUACUUUCGAAAAUCUGAUUUACGAUACUAGAUGCAAAAUGGUGUUCGACAAUUAACGAAUAUAUUGUGUUCGAGUUACUGCCCGGCCCUGCGAAGAGAGACGGCAGGAAAAUUGGCGGCGUCGAUAUAAACGAGGAGUAAAAAAAAAAAGAAUAAUAAAAAUUGUAGAUUAAGCGGCAAGAGAGGAAAGGAUAGAAUUACGCGUUUAAUUUUUCCGCACGUUCGUUCAGUUCUAGUCAAGUUUAAGCUCCAGUACGUGCGCUGCCAAGCCAUAGCCAUUUCAGGAGGCAGGAGACAAUCACGUUAAUUACGAUUCGCAUCGCGUCGCCCGAUUAUUUCCUUUUUCUUUCCUUCUUCGCAGGUAUUAAUUUCAUUCCAUUUUAACUGGAGAUCCUCCGAUAAGAGACACGAAUUAACGCGUCCUCGGAAAAAAAUCACAAUUUUAACAAUCAUAAAUCUUUUGGACGGAAAUUCGCAGGAAAGGAAUAAACAAAAUCGGCAAAUCAAUGUGAAAAAUUAAGAUAUAAGUUCUAUACUUUUCUUUUUUUUUUUUCCAAAUUACUUGCAACAAAAUCUAUAUUUCUUUCGAUCGUGAUGCUCUCACUUGGAGGAAUCCGGCGUUAUUUCGCGACUCACAUUGGAGAGUUCAUUUUAAACGUUAAACGCGCUGGAUGGAUACGUCCCGCCUUAUUACGCGACAAAUAGAUAUAUUAGUUUUUAGUCGUUACUGCAUAAAAAUCUCGCUUCGGUUACGUAGUUGGUAAAGCGCCUCUAAAAGAGAUAGGAUACUCGCCGCCUGUAUUUAUAAAUAUAUAUACAUUGUUAUUAUCGCCUAUCGCUGUUGCUAUUGAUGAAUAGUGUGACAAUACUUGUUCGUGCCCCCCCCUACCCCCCUACCCCCCUCUUCACCCUCGAUAUAUCGGUUGUUAUACGUACGUUCUCCGCGGGGUACGUCACGCGAUGUUUCGUUUCAUUUUAAUUGACAUCCGAUUGUAAUUACUUUCGUCGGGUGUUAUUCAUUAUACUUCCUUAGUUGGGCUCGUGAACAGCAGUUUGCAAACUGCUGCUAAGAAGUGUCAUGUGAAUAAAAGUAAAGUGAAAUUCGAAAGGUAGCGAGAAUUUUGUUUCUAUUAUUGUUAUAAAUAGCAAGUGUUCUUUUCCACUUAUACGCUUCCAUAUAAUUUGAUAUAAUUUUGUUACGAGCGAAUGUGUUUUGUCAUUACUCUAUUUUUUAUAUAUAUAAUCAUAUAAUUACCCCUUUUGUUAUCACAUAUUCAUAUAGAUUUGUUAUAUGUUUAUUCGGAUAUAAAUAUAUGAAUAACAAUAAUAUUUAUAUCUCUUGCAUCUACCUUUCGAUUAAUUUACUGUACAUUUUUAUUCCGUGACUUAUUAAUUAUGGCUUCCUAUUAUUUACAGCAGCAAACGGCAUUAAAGCGUCGAUCUGAUUAAUCAGUAACAUAAAACUAUUGCGACCAAUUGGUGGCUGCCAAUGCAGCUACUAUUACAGAUGUACCUUUCACACUUAGUAUUUUAUUUUAUUGCGCUACGCUUUCUUUUUUUUUUUGUUUUUUUUUCCGGUUACUGUAACGUUACAAUACACGUCACGCGGACGGGAAAUCCUCGAUCUUCGAUCGAACGUUUCGUAGUUAUCUCCCACGGAUUAAUGUGUAAUCUCCGAAAAACGCCUAAUUGACAAAAUUGUAAGAGAAAAAAAACGACUCUUGCACAGCAGAAUUCCGCUGGCACUUUAUAGCUCUUCACGAUCCGUUAUCUUGUUUUCACACGAGAGUUUCGUCAACUUCGAGGUAUCUCUUCUGUAUAUUGCGAUUCUCGUGCAAUCCUUUCAAUCUCGAUCUUGAGAUAACCAAUCAUUCCGCCAGAAAUCUUUCGGAGAGGCACAAAGUCCAGCCGACGCACUACUUAACUAAAGAUCGGCGAAAAAGUAUCGAUUAAGCAUAGAAUUACAUUUAUGCUAAUGAAUGAUGAGAGGCGUCGUAAACGUCGUAACGAUGAUAUAUUUGGAGAUUUGUGUUUAUCUUUAACACAAUCCUGUAAAAAAAAUGGGUGACGCAAGAGAAAUCAGCAGAAAUUCUACGAGAAGCUGAUCUUUGAAAUAAAAGAUAGCUUGAACUUUUAAAAUCUUUCUCAUUGUUUUUUGUUCCAUUUUUUUAUCUUACGACUUCUUCGACAAGUUACAAAUUUUAAUUUUGCGACUAUCUCCUGACUAAUUUUGUUCCAACAAAGGUUUCCGUAUGACAAACGAUGUGGGCAAUAACCUUCCGACGUUUAUUUAAUUGUAAGUUAUAUAAUUCUUGAAUUCACGGCGCAGUUCCGAAUAGAACGAGAUGAUAAACAAUGCCGAAUCGUAAAUGACGUUUCUCGAUUGUAAAACACGAGAAUAGUAUUCUUGUAUUGUCGUAUAGCGAAAUUAAUGUCUCGUCGAGUUAACGUAUUUUUAUUUAAAAAGAAGAAAAAGACGGAAACCACGCGUUACAGAAAUAAGAUUCGAGUACACACCGAAGUAAUCGCUAACUAAUUAAUUAGCAUAAUAAUAAUUCCCUUUUGAUAAAUCGAGUGAAUGACGUCGACUCCUCCUGGUCAAGCGCGGAUGUCAUUGGGGUCCGACAAACCCCGCGCGUCGCGUUGUUGUUGCAAGCGUAACUCUAUUUUUACAUUAAAAAUUUUUGCAUUCAAAAAAGGCGAACAAAACGAAACUGCUUAUGCGGAAGAAAAGACGACGGUUCGUUUUUCCCGGGGACGAAGUCAGCCCGGGAGGAGAUUCACCGAAUUUCCGCCGCGGCCAGGAAGGGUGGAGCGAGUUUUUCAUACAAUUGCGAUGAGGUUCGAUACGCGAAUAAUACUCUCGGUUAUUUGCAAAACUGAUAAUUAAUAAACUUGAUACUGUGAAGUUCCCACUGGUGUCGUAUGCGUGCAAGAUUAUGUUAAUGUUUAACGAUACGAGGCCUAUAGAUAAUGAGGUGUACACGCAUCAUCGCGCGUAAUCGACUGGAACGUGUUGCGCGAAUGAGGAAGGAGCGUGCCCCUGUGAGGACGUGUGCGUGACGUGUGUUAUGUGUUUUAAGAAGUCCGUAAGGAUCGAAGGAGACGGCGGUUAAAACGAAACAUAUUUAAACGCGCAAAACGACGUCGAGGGACGUCGCGUCGACGCUAAAUUCGUCCUGACAGCAACGGUGCAUCGAGUUGCAAUAUAUCAAUUAUGAUCCAUAUUCUUAUUAUAGAUUUAGAUCUGCAUCGAGCAGGUGUUGUUUCAAGUAGAGAGUAAUCGCGAUUGAAUUUUUCUACCUUCACUAACGGCGGAUGUCGGAAGUGUGGCCAGAAAUUGCGCCAGCACGAUUCGACAAGCUCCGCGAGUUUUGAAUCGGCGAGAGAUCGCCGAUAUUUCUACAUCCAAAUCACCGCCGUCUCCGUGUUCGUCGACUAUCGAUAGGCUCGAAUUUUGUAAAUUAACUUAACGGUUAAGAUAGCACACGGGAAGUACCGCCGCGUAUUACAUUAACAAUUACGUUCGUACAUGAUAACAAGAUACAAUUAUAAGAGACAUUUGCUAUAUAUAGUCUUAGAUUUUGUAUGAUAUUCACACGAAGAAGGGAAAGCAAGGAUCACGCUGAAAGAUCUAUAUCUGUGAGAUAUUAAGUGUACUGAUAAGAGGGCAAUCGAGUAAUUAACGCACACUAACCAGAUUGAAAUCGAGAGAAACGACGCCCCGGAUAGGCACAUUCGCGAGAGUUUUGUCUCAACGAGAAUCGCUCUCGGGGAAUAAAACUCGCGCGAAUGCGCUUCUGCGACAGCGCUCAUCAUCGAAUCACUCUUUUGUAUGAAAAGUUGUAAAGCGAUAUCGGUAACAGUGCACUCGAUGUGAAAGGAAAUACAUGACACAAUAAUGAGCCGUA